AUGUCUUCGAACCCGCAAACUGCUCUCUCGGCCAAAGCAUCGAACCCCUCCAAAUCCAUCGGCCUCUCGAAUCAAUCGACAACCUCAUUCUCUCAGACCAACGCCUACUUUGGAGAAGUUCUCGGUCAACGUAGAAGUGGCGGUUCAGGCAGCUCCAACGCCGCUAGCUCGAAGCCAUCGUCGACCCCGCGCAGCAACCAAAGUGCAAAGGCAAAGCACAAGCAAUCGAAGAAGUUUAGACUCGCGGAUGAGGAUGCUCUUGCUGAAUCCGUAAGUAAUACUGGCGACCUGUUAGCGAGCUUCCACCCUGCUCACUUUGCCACANNGGCCGCCAUGCACUCGACUAGCAGCCGCAAGGGCCAGACCUCUAUCACUCAUUUGAUGAACUUUUCUCUACCACCACGUCCUCAAGCACAUCAGCACAACUCUAGAUACGCCUCGGGUAGGCCUCGACGCAACCCCACUUGGGGACUAGGUUCGGGAUAUCACGCCGUGGACAAGGCAAGGUAUAACUUCUCUCGCCUCGCCCACUCGUAA